UUUUCCUAUCAGACUUUCAUAAAAUAUCGGGUUAAUAUUCCCAUAAAAUAAAAUACAGAACAACUAGAACAUCGAGUUUAGAUUUCCACUUAUAUAUUAAACAAAGUUGCAUUCUUCUUUUCGCUUCACGUGAUGUUUCGAUUAAAAUUCUUCCGCAGUUCCAGAGAAGCACUGAGCACUUUGAUCGGCGGAGCGGCGACGGGGGGCUGCAGGAGGACGGCAGGACCAUGCCUGGAGAUGGAUCGUGCUCCCGCUGUCGCCGCCUGUUGGAUCUGGAUGCGGUUGGUCAGUCAAUAUCAAUUCCGGACCACAAAACAAUCCUAUUAUCCAGAUCGCCAGCGGGAGGUGAAGAGAGCAGCGGCGGGAUCAACGCCUCAACAGGUAUCGUCUCCGACCGUUAAAUCCCCUCAGAGUCGUGGCAUGCCGAAGGACUACUACUACAAAGUGCUGGGCGUCAACAAGCACGCCUCUAUUCAGCAGAUCCGUUCGGCCUUUUAUGCGCUAGCCAAGCGUUAUCAUCCCGACUCCACGCACUCGGAGCAAAAGCUAAAACACUUCCAAGAGCUGUCCAACGCAUACAACAUUCUCACCGACGAGACAAAACGUUUGGAGUACGAUCAGCUAGGCGGGAUCAAGGACGAACGCGCCUUUCUCGAACAGGCGGGUAAUCCCAUGAAUGUGGACCUUGAAGAGGCCAAGAAGUUCGAAACGAAUAAGACGACAAAUGACGAUAUCAACAAGUUGAAGAACAACGAGUUUGAUUUGCCAUUGGACUUCCUGGAGGCCACGGUGGGAUGCAAGAAGCGGGUGGACUUGCGAUACCUGCGAAAGUGCGAAACCUGCAAGGGAAAGUCGCAGCUGAUGGCGCAUCGGGAUGUGGGCAAGGAACCGUGUAGACGAUGCAAUGGUACUGGAAAGGUGACCACAAAAACAGCAACCUUUACAUCGGUAAACACAUGCACACAGUGCCAGGGAAAGCGGUUCACUAAUCGCAACGACUGCGAAACCUGCUCGAAUCGAGGGUUUGUGAUUUCCAGCGUGGAAGUGAUGGUAGUAGUUCCUUCCGGAUCUCGGGAUGGGGAUGUGCUAAGCCUGGUUAAUCCGGCAACCAAGCAGCAGGUUGCAUACCGCCUAACUGUGCCCGGUAGCGAAUAUUUCCGGCGAGUGGGCAACGACAUCCUAACAGACAAGCACCUGAACAUCUCUGAUGCCAUCCUGGGAGGUACAUUUCAGGUACGCGGCCUGUACGAAAAUGUCGAGCUGCGAGUGGAACCGGGCACUCAGUCGCACACCGAAGUGCUACUUAAAGGCAAGGGUGUGCGUUCCAAGGAAGGUGUGGGCAACCACAUUGUCACACUGAAGGUACGGAUUCCCAGGAAUCUCUCCGUUAAGCAACGCCAGCUGGUUUUGGCACUAUCCCAGGCAGAGGAUCCAGUUUUCGAGCCCAAGACCAAAGGCAAGGAGGCGGGUAUUAAGAGCCCCUAAAAUUCUCAAUGUACAGGCCUAAUUCAGCUUAUAAUAUAUUGGCAGACACAAA